AUGGAAGUAAAAGGAGAGGCACACUUAGGAAUAUCAACGCUAACAUACCUGUUAGACAUUAUACCAUACACAAAGAAUCCUGAUUUCGUGGGGCGUACUGAAAUUUUGAAUUGGUUGACAAGCCAGUUGAAGUUUACACAAGAAACAUCUGGCCUUGUGCAAACUAGAGUAGCACUCUAUGGAUUAGGAGGGACUGGGAAAACGCAGAUUGCGCUGGAAUUUGCCCUCCGGCUGCAACAAACACGCUCAAAUAUCUCCAUUCUCUGGGUUCAUGCUAGUAGCACCCAACGCUUUCGGCAAGCCUUUGCAUCUAUUGCACAGGCAUUUGAGAUUCCAGGCUUUGAAGAUCCAAAGCAAGAUUUGCUGCUCUUAGUAAAGAAUUGGCUCAUGGAGAAGACUCAUGGAGAGUGGAUCAUGAUCAUUGAUAAUGCCGAUGAUGUAGAGCUAUUCUUUGGCCAACCAUCCGAAACCGUGACAGAUACCACCGAGCCAAAGAAUCUUUCACAAUAUCUACCAGAAUGUCCUCAUGGCUCUUUGCUUAUCACGACAAGAAAUAAGCAAGCAGCUGUGAGGUUGACGAAAGGGCGAGGCUUCAUUGAAGUACCUCGUAUGAAUGACAUUGAGGCGGUGAAGCUGCUUCGUUCAAGUCUGGACGAUGCAGAGACAACCAGUGCUGACCUAUCAGCACUAUCCUCUUACCUGGAACAUCUUCCCCUGGCAUUAGCCCAGGCAGCAGCAUAUAUCAAAGAAACUACAAUCACGAUUAAGAAAUACCUCAAGCUACUAGGUGAUAGCGACUGUGAGAAUAAGAUGACACACCUCCUCAGCAAGGAGUUCGAGACAGCUGGACGAGACUCGCAGACACCAAAGGCAGUGAUACGAACAUGGAUGCUUUCAUUUCAGCAGAUUGAGAGGCAGCACCCAUUGGCUAGUGAACUUCUCUCUUUCAUGAGCCUUCUGGAUCGGCAAGAUAUUCCAGAAGAGUUCAUCUCAUAUUAUAGUGAGAAAGAGAGUGAAAGUGGCACGACGAAUGAGAUGGAACUUCUAGACGCGAUGGGCCUUCUCAAAGCUUUCUCUUUUGUGACGGAGAACACCGAUGGUGGCUUUAAUAUGCACCGUCUUAUACAGUUAGCGACGCGAAAAUGGCUUGCUAGCAGGGAUACUAUUGGUCAAUUUAGCAGCAAGGCACUCAAAAUUGUGGCCAAUAUGUACCCAUCCGAAAAUUACGAAGAAAACCGAAACAUAUGCAUUAGGUACCUUUCACACGCAAACGUGCCAGCCAAUGUUAUAUGA